AUGUCCGCGCGCCGCGCCGCCGCCGUCGGCGCCGCGGCCGCGGCCGUGCAGGUCGGCCGCUUCGCGUCGCGCGAUCGCGCCGAGGAGACGCACACGCUGUCCACGGCCGUGCAGCAGUUCUUCAUGUUCGACGCGCUGCGCGUGGCCGGCGCCUACGCGCGCUGGCGCCACGACCAGGACUGCGCGGGCUUCGAAGACACGCAGGCGGCGCUCCUGAAAUCGCUGCUCGAGCGCAACAAGGACACGGCCUACGGCGUCGACCGCGGCUUCGCCGCGCUCGCGGCCGCGGACGACGUCGUGGCGGCGUUCCGCGCGGCGCACCCGCUGACGACCUACGCGGACGUCGCGCCCUACGUGGACCGCAUCUACGAGCACGGCGGGCCCGUGCUCAACGCGUCGCCGGAGCGCAUGCUCGCGGCGACGUCCGGCACGUCGGGCCCAGCGUCGGGCCGCGUCGCGCUCUUGCCGACGACGCCGGAGAUGUCGUCGACGUUCUUCGCUCGCGGGAUUUUAGUGGUCUUCGACGUGCUGAAUCGUUUGGGCCACCUCGACCACCUCCAGCGGACGACGAAGCUCGCGUUCCAGCCGCGGCACCGCGAGGCGCCGUCGGGCCUGAGGGUGGGCCCGAACUCGUCGGGGCCCAAGGACCCGUCCUUCGAGCGGCUCCGGCCGUUGCUCUACUCGACGCCCAAGGCGGGCUACGCCGUGGAGGACGAGGCGUCCGCGCUGUACGUGCACUGCCUCUUCGCGGCGCGCGACCGCGACCUCGGGGUGCUGGAGGCGCCGCCCGGCGUCCCCGCGAACUUCGUGUCCAUGCCCGCGCGGCUCGUCGGGCUCCUCGGCGACCCGGCGUUCAACGCGCGCGUCGCCGCGGACGUCGAGUCCGGGACCCUCGACGCGGCCGUCGCGGCGGUCGUCGGGCCGGCGCUCGCGGCGGAGCUCGAGGCCGCGCUCGGGCCCGGCGACGCCGCGCGCGCCGGCGAGAUCCGCGCGGCGCUCGGCGACGGCGCCGCGGGCUUCGCGCUGCGGCUCUGGCCGAAGCUGAAGCUGAUUUUGGCGAACGCGACGGGCGCGUUCGAGCCCCACGCGCGGCGCCUGCGCGCGGGCGCGGGCGCGGGCGUGCCGAUCCGGUCGACGAUCUUGGCCGCGUCCGAGGGCCUCAUGGGCGUGUCGCUCGAGCCCCGCGACGACGGCGAGGCGGCCUACUGCCUCGUGCCGCGGGCCAUGGUCUUCGAGUUCCUGCCCGUCGUCGACGGCGAGGCCGGCGACGCGACGGUGCUCGCGGGCGAAUUGGAGGCGGGCGCCGACUACGAGCUCGUGGUCACGACGCUCGGCGGGCUCUGCCGCUAUCGGCUCGGCGACGUCGUCCGCGCCGUCGGCCGCCACGGCGGCGCGCCCCUCGUCGAGUUCCGCUACCGGGCGGGGCAGGUCCUGAACGCGCGGGGCGAGAAGACGUCGGAGGCGCAGCUCCAGGCGGCCGUCGAUCGCGCGCUGCCGGACGUCGCCGUCUUCGCGGCGGUGGAGCGCGCGGACGACGUCGAGGCGCCGGGCUACGACCUCCUCGCGCCGCUGGGCGGCGGCGACCCGGGCGCCGCCGCGGACCGCCUCGACGCCGCGCUCCGCGAGGAAAAUCCCGUCUACGCGACCUGGCGCGACAAGGGCGCGAUCUCGCCGCCCGUCGUCGUCGACGUGAGCGCGGCGGCCUUCGAGGCGCUUCGACGGAAGCAACUCGACGAGGGCGCGAGCCCGCAACAGCUCAAGGGCUCCCGCGUGCUCCGCAACGACGCGCACGUCCAGCUGCUCCUCGACCACGACCUCCCGCCGCCGCCGCCCGCGGAGGAGCCGCUCCCGGGGACGCUCGGCGGCGUCGCCAACUGGACGCGUGCUUUUGCGGCCUAG